AGCUCAAGUUGCUGUGACUUUCUCCGGCUGGAGCGCUCAGUUCCCGCAGAAGCUUCUCCGCGGCGGUUGCUGUGAGCUCCGCGCCUCCUGCCCGGGAUUACCGCCGCCCUGUCACCACGGACGCGCUGAUGUCCCCGCAGCUCCGGACCUUGUGGAUAAUUGCUUUGCCUGGGCCCCGCUCUCUGCAGGACAAAGCCGGAUCGCCGGGGUCGUGUUAGGACCCCGUCUCGCGCCAUGCAACCUCAGGACCCUCUGCUACUCUCCUGCAUCCUGCUAAGUUUGUACUCCACUGUCGCAAAGGAUAUUACUCCACCACCAACCCCCCGUGUGCAGCUCUCCUUCCGAGAGCUGAAGGCUUCGAACACCGCGCACUUCUUGAACUUCCUGCUGAACACGACCGAUUAUCGAAUUCUGCUGAAAGAUGAGGAUCACGACCGGAUGUACGUGGGUAGCAAAGACUACAUCCUGUCCCUGGAUCUGCAGGACAUCAACCGGGAGCCUCUGAUAAUUCACUGGCCGGCAAAGCAGCAGAGAAUAGAUGAAUGUGUCUUAUCCGGUAAAGACAUCAAUGGAGAGUGCGGUAAUUUUAUCCGUCUCAUCCAACCCUGGAACAGGACGCACCUGUAUGCGUGCGGGACAGGAGCUUAUAACCCUGUGUGCACGUACAUCAACCGCGGACGCAAAGCUCAGGCCUCAGAUCACACAGCGCCCCCUGGAGGAAGAGGGAGCAGAGCAGCAGAUUAUCCGCCCAGCCCAGCACCAGCAGAGCACAAGGAUUAUGUCUUCUACCUGGACCCAGAUCGCGUCGAGUCAGGGAAAGGAAAAUGUGCCUAUGACCCUAAACUGGACAGUGUCUCCGCACUCAUCAAUGAGGAGCUCUACUCCGGGGUAUACAUAGAUUUUAUGGGCACUGAUGCUGCUAUUUUCAGAGCGAUGGGCAAGCAAGCCGCCAUGAGGACCGACCAGUACAAUUCCCGCUGGCUCAAUGAUCCAGCGUUCAUCCACGUACAGCUCAUCCCUGAGAGCUUGGAGCGAAAUGACGAUAAACUUUAUUUCUUCUUCCGGGAGAAGUCGACAGAUUCUCCGCACAGCCCAACCGUAUAUUCCCGCAUUGGAAGAGUGUGCCUGAACGACGACGGAGGUCACUGCUGCCUGGUAAAUAAAUGGAGCACGUUCCUGAAAGCGCGUCUCAUAUGUUCAGUGCCGGGGGCUGACGGGAUAGAGACUCAUUUUGAUGAACUACAGGACGUCUUUAUUCAGCAGACGCAGGACAAUAAGAACCCUGUCAUCUACGCCGUCUUCUCCGCCUCCGGCUCUGUGUUUAAGGGUUCGGCGGUGUGCGUGUACUCGAUGGCUGACAUACGCAUGGUGUUUAAUGGACCAUUUGCUCACAAGGAAGGACCCAACUACCAGUGGAUGCCGUAUACAGGGAAGAUCCCAUAUCCACGCCCGGGCACGUGUCCAGGUGGCACAUUCACUCCGUCCAUGAAGUCAACGAAGGAUUACCCAGAUGAAGUAAUAAACUUCAUGAGGACUCACCCGGUCAUGUACAAUCCGGUGUACCCCAUCCAUCGACAGCCAUUGCUCGUCCGCACCAAUGUCAACUACAAGUUCACCACCAUUGCUGUGGAUCAGGUGGAUGCGUCUGACGGGCGAUACGAGGUUCUGUUCUUAGGCACAGAUCAAGGCAUGGUGCAGAAAGUGAUUGUGCUUCCAAAAGAUGACUUGGAGACGGAGGAGCUCAUCCUGGAGGAGGUGGAAGUGUUUAAGGUCCCUGCAUCCAUCAAAUCCAUGAAAAUCUCAUCAAAACGACAACAGCUCUAUGUCUCGUCCGUGUCUGGGGUGACACAUCUUGCCCUCCAUCGCUGUGACGUAUACGGGGAGGUGUGUGCUGAUUGCUGUCUAGCCAGAGAUCCGUACUGUGCCUGGGAUGGAAAAACGUGUUCGCGCUAUUCAGCAUCCUCCAAGCGGUAUGCAGAGGGGCGAAGCCGUCGACAGGAUGUCCGACAUGGGAAUCCUAUGAGGCAGUGCCGCGGCUACAACUCAAACGCCAGUAAGAAUGGGAUGGAUGCCGCCCAGUAUGGGGUGGAGGGAAGCUCUGUGUUCCUGGAAUGUCAGGCACGUUCCCCACAGGCUUCCAUCAAGUGGAUCCUACAGAAGGACAACUCUGAGCGCAAAAAGGAGCUCCGCUCGGAGGGCCGCUUCUUGAAGACUGAACAAGGUCUCCUCAUCCGGACUCUCCAGUUGUCGGACACCGGCGUCUACCACUGCACGGCCACCGAAAACAACUUCAAGCACACAGUAAUGCGUGUCCAGCUCCACAUUCUGAGUGCUGAGGCUGUUGCUGCCGCUCUUCUUCACCCUGAAGCACCAGCUGCCGUUGCAUCUCACCCUGCUGGGCCCCCAGGGGCCUACGAUGAUCUAGUGCAGCUUCUAUCCCAGCCGGAGAUGGGACUCAUCAACCAGUACUGCCAGGGAUACUGGCGCCCAUCAGGCUCUGCUCACAGUGACGCCAAAGAUCUUCAGGACCAGAAACGAGCGAGGAAUCGACGGAACCACCCGCCCACAGAGGAGCUGCAGACAUGAAGGGGUGCUGGCUGCGGCAGGCGAACCCCCAGCCUCCUGACCCCUACAUCUCCCUCAGACUAGCCCCUAUUUUAUUUUUACCCCAAUUUUUUUUUUAAUGAGUAAAAAACUAUAAAUAUAUAAAUAUCUAUAAAUGUAAAGAACGUCGGAGGAGUUGCCUUUCAAGGUCCCUCAGAAUUAUUUAUUGGGGGACGCAGAAAUUCCCAGUUUGGAUGAGGAGGUUUUUGCUCGGGCAGUUUGUUAUACUGCAGCAUGUGAACAGCUUCAUCAUAUGGAACUUGUUGCAUUUCCUGCAGAACGUCGCAGCCCUGGUGCUCGGCUGCACAUUGCACCUUUCCUGUAUCAUGACCACUGCACGGUGAGCAGAGCAUUACCUCCACUGCCUGAGGUCCAGCUGCUCUGCAGACCGCUGCUCCGCUAAGACGCUCUGGUUCCUGCGCCAGCCUCUGCCUCCUGCCAUUCUUGUACAUGUAUUUAGCGGCCCCUGAGCUGCACGGACGUUUUACAGCGCCGGAGCCGCUCCGCCUGGUGACUCCUCCUGUCCUAUAAGCUUCCAUUAUUUUAUGUCAUGUCUGAUCAGUGGCUGAAGCUUCCAUGAUCCGCCCUCGUGCGAACAUCAUGCUACAUGGGAGUGCUGCACCUGGAGCUGCAGAGUGGGGGCCCUAGAAUGGCAGUCGGGGGGCGAGCACGGCGGGCCUUCUGCUACCUUUAAGUCUUCCUUAUUGUCAUUGCGUGGUACGAUUAGCAUUAAACAUAUGAACCUGAUAGAAAGACGGCGCCGAGGGUGACAAGAUGGACGGCGGUCUCCUGACAUCUGUAUAAUAGGGGGGGGGGGUCACAUGUCCUUGCUAAUAGGAACAAAAUGGCGGACCAUGCCCUGAUGUCUGUAGGAAACGUCUUCAGAGAUCCAGUCCGAGUCUGGGAACAGGGACCAUGAAUCGGGCGUCUGAGGUCACCUGCCCCCAUGUGUACUGGUUGUAGAUGAUGGACUGGUGUAUGAGGGGGUCAUCGGGGGCCCCUCUGUAUUGUGCUGUGCUCUAUGAUGCUCACAGGUACAGGGUGGGACCAGGACUUCACCGCUGGCGCUGCCCGUCACCCUCCCGCUGAUUGUCUGUACAUAGAUGUAAAUGAGAAUGUAAGUAUGAACCGUGCGGUGAAUUCUCUCCUGUGGAUGAACACAAUACAAUAAACACUGGCCUGUUUUAUACAAGGUGACUGAUUUACAGCGAGGGGGAGGGGAGGCGUCAUGGUGUCCGGCGCCUCGCAAUCAUAACUGACCCCGUCCUCCAUUGUCUAAUGAAAAUCUCUGCAGCGUUUCAUG